AUGAGCCAGAAUGACAAGGUGGAUUUCUCUUACAACCACCUGGCCGACCCUAAGUUCUCGUUCUAUGACAAGACUUUGGUGGAAGCAGUGAAGAGUGAAGACCCACUGGUCUACUUGUUCUUCCUCUGCCUCUCGCUGUGCCACACGGUGAUAUCAGAAGAGAAGGCGGAAGGUGAGCUGGUGUACCAGGCUCAGUCACCAGAUGAAGGUGCCCUGGUUACAGCUACUAGGAACUUUGGCCUUGUGUUCUACUCCCGAACACCUGAGAGCAUCACAGUGAUCGAAAUGGGGAAAAUCCGAGUCUACCGCCUACUGGCUAUCUUGGACUUCAGCAAUGAGCGCAAGAGGAUGUCUGUUAUAGUUCGGACACCUGAGGAUCGGGUCAUGUUGUUCUGCAAGGGAGCAGACACCAUCAUCUAUGAGCUGCUGCAUCCGUCUUGUGCAUCCCUUAGUGAUGUGACCAUGGACCAUUUAGAUGAUUUUGCCAGCGAAGGCCUUCGCACCCUCAUGGUAGCUUACCGAGAGUUGGAUAAGGCAUUUUUCCAGACGUGGAUUAAAAAGCAUGGUGAAGCCUGGCUGACUUUAGAAGAUCGAGAAAGAAAACUAGCUCUAGUCUAUAAAGAAAUCGAACGAGACUUGAUGUUACUAGGGGCCACAGCCAUAGAAGACAAGCUUCAGAAAGAAGUACCUGAGACAAUUGUCACCCUGAGCAAAGCCAAAAUUAAAAUAUGGGUUCUGACUGGCGAUAAGCAAGAGACUGCUGUGAACAUCGCCUACUCAUGUAGGAUAUUCAGGGAUGAGAUGGAUGGGGUGUUCAUGGUGGAAGGCACAGAUAGUGAGACUGUUCUGCAAGAGCUCAGGACAGCAAGGAAGAAGAUGAAACCUGAGUCUCUGCUGGAAUCAGAUCCCAUAAACAUUUACCUCGCCAGGAAGCCCAAAAUGCCUUUCAAAGCACUUGACGAGGUGCCCAACGGCAGCUACGGCUUGGUCAUCAGUGGCUGCAGUCUGGCCUAUGCUCUAGAACGGAACCUGGAGUUCGAGCUGCUGCGAACAGCAUGCAUGUGCAAGGGGGUGGUCUGCUGCCGGAUGACACCCCUUCAGAAGGCCCAAGUGGUAAACCUGGUGAAGAGGUACAAGAAGGUGGUGACACUGGCCAUCGGGGAUGGGGCCAAUGACAUCGGCAUGAUCAAAGCUGCCCAUAUCGGGGUUGGCAUCAGCGGCCACGAAGGAAUGCAGGCCACGCUCAGCAGUGACUUCUCCUUCUGCCAGUUCCGCUAUCUUCAGCGCCUACUCUUGGUGCAUGGCCGCUGGUCUUACAAUCGCAUGUGCAAGUUUCUCAGCUACUUCUUUUAUAAAAACUUUGCCUUUACCCUGGUGCACUUCUGGUACGCCUUCUUCAACGGCUUCUCUGCACAGACAGUUUAUGACAUCUGGUUCAUCACCUUUUACAAUCUCGUCUACACCUCCCUCCCUGUCCUGGGCUUGAGUCUGUUUGAAAAGGAUGUGAAUGAAACAUGGAGUCUGUGUUACCCAGAGCUGUAUGAGCCAGGACAGCACAACCUGUACUUCAACAAGAAGGAAUUUGUGAAGUGUUUACUGCAUGGCAUCUAUAAUUCCUUCGUGCUGUUCUUUGUCCCUAUGGGGACUAUCUUCAACUCAGAGCGUAGUGAUGGAAAGGACAUCUCUGACUUCCAGUCCUUCUCCCUGCUAGUGCAGACCACCCUGAUCUGGGUCAUGACAAUGCAGAUUGCCCUGAGGACAACCUCCUGGACGAUGGUAAACCAUGCCUUCACGUGGGGCAGCCUGGGACUUUACUUCUGCAUCCUACUCUUACUGUGUAGUGAUGGCCUGUGUUUAAUGUUCCCCAGCGUCUUCAAUUUCCUAGGUGUGGCCAGGAACAGUCUUGGCCAACCACAGAUGUGGCUGUGUCUCAUCCUCAGCACCGUCCUCUGUAUGGUUCCUUUGAUUGGAUACAAGUUUCUCAGACCACUACUCUGGCCCAUCAACGUCGACAAGGUGAGUGGGAGAAGGGAGCCUACACGCUUGAAACAUCCGACAUCACCCCAAAUCCCGGCCAAAAUAAAACACCCAAGCCAGCGACGUUCUGCCUACGCAUUCUCCCACAAACAAGGCUUCGGGUUCCUCAUCACGUCUGGCAAGACGCAGAAAUCCAGUGCCUUGGCAAAAAGCACUGUAAAAAGAAAAAACUCUGGAGAGAUGAGGGUUGGCAAAUUGGGAAGAGAGAAAAGUGUCAACAUAGGCAUCCACCGAGAGCUCUACUGUGUUUUCCCAAUGAACAUGACCACCACCUACAAUCCAGCAGAGCUUAAGAACAAGGAAAAGCACACAUUUUGA